GAAUUAUCAAUAAUACCACUUUCAAUUAUGUACGAAUGGUCUCUGCGGGAACGCCCUUGACUCAACAACAAACGACCAGAAGGAAGUAACUGCCAAAAUGUCCAUCCUUCGGGUGUCUCUGCUCCUGGUGGUGUUGCAGAACCUGGUAGCGAGAAGUGGAGCCAUCAAAUGCUACCAGUGCUCCACGGAUGAAGACCCAGAAGGCAAGGAUCUGUGUGGGGCAUAUGAAAGAUUUGAUGAGACAGCACACAUUCCUGUUGACUGUCUGCAAGAAGAGUCAGUCACUCCCGGCACCUUCUGUGUGAAAAUUACCAAGCAAUCACCACGCAUGUUUAUCUGGGAUGGAAGAUGGCGAACGGUGAUACGUCGUUGCUCCUCAGUGUCAGAGACAGGUGUGACCAACAUGUGCAACUGGGGGCUGGAUGCUAACAGUGUGUACUGGGAGGAAUGCUACUGCACCUCUGAUGGCUGCAAUGGCUCUUCCUCCAUCGCCUCCAGUGGCACAGUGGUGGUGGUGCUGCUGUUCAUCUCAUUUGGGUACCUUGGGCGUCACUGACAUACCUGAUAACCACCCCAUGUACAAACUUCAGAUUCUGCUGCAGCUCAGUGUCCUUUUCUAUUAUAUCGUUGAAUAGGGUUGUCUUAGUGUAGCUCCCUAUUUUAUUGUUAUUGUUUUCCUGAUACUUAUUGUAGGUAGAGUUGAAAUACCAAAUAAUAACUUAAAAUUUUAUUUUUAUCAUAUGAAUCUUAUAAUUCAUCAGAAUAAUAUUUUUUCACAUCAAGCAAGGUGAUAGGAUCAGGUAUCAAAAUGUAUCCAACUAAACAACAGGUGUGCAAGUAAUAAUCUUCAUCUCAGAGUGGAGUUUUUAAGAAAACUUCCUUUCUUCUCAAAGUUGUAUUUGUAACAUUUUUUACCUAGUGAUGAAACAACUGCUGCAGAAAGUGUCCAUAAUACUUCUGUUUGAGUAUUAUUGUCAAAAGUGCAGGUGGUGUAAUUCAGCCAGAAGUGGAGACUGAAUAUGAGCAUCUCGUCUCCAUGGCUGCACAGCCACAAUUUACUUUUGUCUUGCAAGUAGUUGUGGCUAUGGCUAGAUCUGAUACAUGUGUAUCAUGUAUGUAUGUAUAUAUGUGAGAACAUUGUAUUACAUCACAAACAAGUUAUGCUCCCUUUGCAUGUUUGUGGUCUGUACCGCAUACUGUGUUGGCAAAGACUAAUUAGUGCAUUAUUAAAUAUUUUUGCCAUAAAAUGUGCAGUCAUUUUAGUACUAGGACUGAUAUUUAGGAAUGAGCAGUUAAAGUGUGUGUUCAGGAUUCUUUGAUAUAUUUUCUUUAUGCAUUUCAAGCAACAUCUCAACUGAAACUAUCCAUAAUGAAUGAUUACCAUUGGUAGUACAAGUACCAAUAGUACUUUUGGGAAAAAAUUGUCUGUGAAGCAAGACAUUGCAUAGUUUAUGAAUUUCCACAAGACUGAAUGCUACUUACUCCAUUCUCUUUUCCUAAGGAAAUUUGUUCCUGGGCACUGGCCACAACUCAUUAAAUGCUUACAAGUUAAACUUUCUUGCAUUCUUUAGGUGAUUCAUGUCAUAUUUCAUCUGCUUUCUGUAUAAACUGAUAUGUGGUCAGUAGAGCACAAUAAUAUCAACUUUGGCUUGAUUUAGUAGCAUUACUUGUGUACAUGUUUUUGGUUUUGUAAUAUUUAUUUUCAAAUAACUAGGAGAUUAACUUAUGGAUUACUUAGGAUAGUUUUAAGUAAUAUAUCCUGAUACUAACAUAUAUAAUUUUUUUAUAUUUAACAAAACAAAAUUCUCAGAAAUUUUGAUUAAGCUGUAAAAGUUGAACAGGAAUGUCUGCAUUGUACUUGCUUUAUAUACAAGACAUUCAAAAUUUAGAAUUGUCUGUCAUAUUUUCAUGUUUUAAUGGUAGUGGUGACUGACAUGCAUGUCAUCAUAUGAGAAAAUGCAUCCACCUGUGAGUGGUGGAUGCAGAUGCCAUGAUGAAUCUUGUUGAUGAUCCAGAAUAUUCAUACAUAUUGUCCACAUGCCAGUCUGGUCAGUUGAGGAAGCAAACAAACAAUUGAUUCUGUCAUUAAUGUAGCCUCGAGAUGUUAUUCUUUGAGUAUUGAUACAGUAUUACAAUUUUUCUGUGGUUGAAUAUUGUCAGAAUACGAAUGCAUCUUUAUCAAACGUGGCUUAUGUGUGCUCUUAGUAUUAUCGUGUUAUAACAGGCCGUCCAUGUAGUGUUAAGAAAAGUCUUCUCCCAAAUGCCAGAAGGGAAGAACAUUGAUACAAUGUAACAAACCCGUCCAAUGAAUCUCAAUUUUUACAGAGUGAUAGAUUAGAACUCGACCGUCCAAGGAAUCCUUCCAAUUUAGCUGUAGUUACGUAGUUGUGUAAAUAAUUUUUAAUAAAUAAUAGUCAGA